UCACUACUUUAACCAGAGAGUUUUUCCUCACCGGCAUUGAGAACCCUAAACCCUAAAUCAGUUGGCGAGCGAUGGAGGGAGUAGAGAAGUUUUUCAGCAAGAUGGUGACAGAUGCGAAAUCGGCAGCUUCUUCUUCUUCCUCUUCUCUUUCUGAUUUCGCGGAUAAUCUAAUCCAGGAGAAACGAGCCGGCGGCGGCGGCGGCGGCGGAGGUAACUCGACUUCAUACGACACUUCCGCAGUUUUGGUCAAAAGAACUCCCAGUGGAGUAUCGGCCUGGACGUGUACAAAGCUGUGCGCUGUUUUCUUUGUCGCUGGAGUGUUUGUGGGUUAUACGCUUAAGAGACGGGUCCGAAGCUGGGCCUCUAAGCUUCUCAGAAAAAUCAGAGAUGAUUAAACUCCAUACCUCUCUUCUGCUUCUUGAAUGUGUUUUACUGUGCUCAAGGCACUUUGUUGUUUAAUAUUCUCUUCCUCUAGUCACAGUUUGUGGUAAUGGGGAUAGUGAUCACCUCUUGAGAGACGCAUACAUAUUCUUUUGUGUGAAGUAACUAUUGAUGCAGCAAA